GCUUUUGUCGGAAUUAAGCUGUUUUUUGGGGAUGUGCAGACAAGAUCUUUUCCAUAAUUCCUGUCGUAUUUCAGCACCAAUCUGUUCUUCCGAGCAACAGGACAGGACAAGUUAGAAGACCUAGAAAGCCAGAAGUUCUGCUGCCUACAAAAAUCCCAGCAUGAGGCUCAUUUUCAAUCUGUUCCUAGGAUGGUGGCUAACUCAGCACAGAGGGACGGCUGAAGGACAACUUCAUCCCAAACCUUCCAUCUCAGUGAAUCCCAGUAACGUGGUUGCUGUGGGAGAGAAUAUAAACAUUGGCUGCAAGAAGGACGGGAACGUAAAAGUGAUAUCCGCUUUCUAUCUAAGUAAAGAAAUUAAUCGUCAUCUCGUAACGAUAUAUCGUAACGAAACAGAGCACAAUGAGGUUGAAUUUCAUAUUUUCAGUGCCAAGCAAUCAGAUCAGGGGUACUACUAUUGUGGAUAUUAUUUCCUUCUUUCAGAACCGUCAUACUUAAGCGAGUCAGUUUCUAUCUUUGUGCGAGAACAAUCUUUUCCCAGCCCCUCCAUUUCAGUGAUCCCCAAUAGCCUGGUUGUCCUAGGAAAAGAAGUCACCAUCCAGUGCAAACAGGAAUAUUACCAAACUGUACAAUUUAACCUCUUCAAAAAAGGUGCUUUAAAUGUACUAGCAAAUGAAUUUUCAAAGAACAAAAUGACUGAAUUCUUUAUUACCAGUGCCCAAGAACCACAUGGAGGAAUCUAUUUUUGUGACUAUCAAUUAAAAAACCGGCACCAGGGUGACAAUAGAUAUUCGAAGUUCAGUAAUAAAAUAUAUAUCAAUAUAACAGACCCCAGGGUCACAGAGCCUGACAUCUAUAUGGAACCAAAGGGACAGCAAAUGCUUGAUACAAAUGUCUGGAUCUACUGCCAGGGGCCAGAGGAUGGCCUGAACUACUCCCUCUAUAAAUCAACAAACUUCAUAACUUCUCAAAGGACAAAACCAAACAGUUCCUUGGCUGAGUUUUCCAUCUCAGGAGUCAGGCUGGAACACAUAGGAAACUACAGUUGCUGCUAUCAGCUUAAAAAUAAACCCUUUGUGUAUUCAAAGUUAAGUGACCCUCUGCAGCUUCAAGUAAGAGAUCCCAGCCUGACCAAGCCUUCCAUCCAGAUUAUAAAGGCAGAACAAGGUGCUACAGAAGCAAAUGUCUCCAUACAAUGCAAUGCAACAGAACCAAAUCUGAUUUUUGCUCUUCUGAAAUCAGGGGAACAGAUAGAUUACAAAGCUGCGGAGCCAGGGGAAAAGGCGGUGAAUUUUACUCCCCACUGGAUGAAAUUGGAAGAGACACAAAAUUAUGCCUGCCAGUACCACCAUAAAAGCAGCCUCUUUGUCUGGUCAGUUCCAAGUGACCCACUGGAGAGGCCUUCAGAAGGCGAAUCCUUAAUAACCCUAUGGACAAGCAUUGCUGCGUGCCUCUUCUUUCUGGCUGUCCUCUUUUUGGUGCUUAUCCUCAUUUUAUGCAGAAAAAGAAGAAAAGGCUCUGUUACCAAAGAAAGCAAUGUACCAGCCAAGAUGUACUUAAGCUCUUCCAUGGAGGAAACCCCUGAUGAAGUUUCUUAUGCUGCAAUAAACCACAAUUCACAGAAAAUUGUGAAAAGACCACCAACCCUUUAUGAUACAGUCCCUGAAUCCUGUGUCUAUGCAAAUGUGGCCAAAGAAAGCACUAAGGAGAACCAAUAGGGAUGGCUAUUCAGAAGAGAAGAUAAUUCUGAGAUGUUGGUGUACCCAUCUAUAUUACAGAUACCCAUGUUGGGAUCAUCUUGCUGUACACAUCUUCCUUCCUCUUUCAUGGUUUUGAUUGUUCAAUGUCAGAGAGAUUGCUGGGUUCAGGCGAGCACAUAUCCUGCCCAUAGGUGUCUUCACAAGUAGAUUAUUAUAAUAUCUGAUACUGCAAAUUGAAUCACGGCAUUCUGUAGCUCAAGUCCAAUUCUUUCUCCAAGACUGAGAUGGGCCAAUAGGAGAAAGAAUCAGACAGGGAGCUGCUGAAAGAUUCACUAUGGAGUUACAAGUAUCAGAACUCUAUAACCAUAAUCACGACAGGAAGGGAAUACUUAAGGAAAAACUCCUCCGAUGUUCUGAUCAGUAAAAGAAUGUAUUUUUAAAAGGGACCACGCAGGAAUAUUUUUGCUUUUAAAUAUGAACUCCAUCUAGAGGAAAUUCUAUCAAAACCAUUGGAUCUUGCUUGCUUUUUCCUGACUUCCUGACUAAAGAAUUUUAUGUCUUUUUUUUUUAAUUUGAAUUUAUAUCCCGCCCUUCUCUGAAGACUCAGGGCAGUUUACAUUGUGUUAAGCAAUAGUCUUCAUCCAUUUGUAUAUUAUAUACAAAGUCAAUUUAUUGCCCCCAACAAUCUGGGUCCUCAUUUUACCUACCUUAUAAAGGAUGGAAGGCUGAGUCAACCUUGGGCCUGGUGGGACUUGAACUUGCAGUAAUUGCAAGCAGCUGUGUUAAUAACAGACGGCUUAGUCUGUUGAGCCACUAGAGGCCUUGUGAAAGCAAGUUAACCUGCACUUAGAUAUUGUUUAUACCCAAUCAACCAGCCUCAUUAUCAGGGUGAAAAAUCCCCUUUUGCAACUGAUCUUCAGUUGCCAGAUACAAGGAUGGAUCUUUUUGAGUCUAGAACGAGGAUAUGGACAAGGCUGAGUUGAAUAUUCUUACUAUAAUUAAAAAGGUGAGGUUUUAAUUAAAAACCAGAGCUUUCCAACAGUACCAAAACCCAUCCUUUGUAGUGGCUAUAUGAUGUUACGAUGAUUAUAUUGUUCUGAUUCUUGUGAGGACAGUUGUGUCCUCAACCUGUGCAAUUUGUGACAGAUUAACAAAAAGAGGGUGGACAGAUAAAUAGCUCGAGACUGCUGAUAGGUUAUUAAAUAGCCAGUGGAACUGUAACUCUCUUAAGCCACCUUUCUCAUCUCAGGUGUUACAUCUGGUAAUCUGAUCACAUCUGGUGGAAUAAUGGGAACAUGUUCUUGAAAAUUAAAGUGAAAGGAAGUUGACCCACCAUGGCAUAGUAGCAGGACCAUGGCAACUUGUACAGGGACGUUUUAGCAACAUGGAGGAGAGGAGGACAAUGGCUUGGUGACAAGACAAAUUCAGGAUCAUAGGGACAGAAGAUGUAAUUUUUAUACUGUAAUGGGGGAAAACAGGAGUAAUUUGAAGUUCCUUCUGUUGGCUUUGUUGAAUUUCUGUAUGUGUUCCUGAGAAUGGCAAUUGAAUCUGAGCAAGGAUUAGUGAAGCAGGUUUCGUGACUAACAAGCAUAUACAAUUAGGAUAGGCAAGGCCUUUACCUGACUACAUCCUAUCAGAUGAAAGUUAAUGCAUGGGUUCUGUGGAUGUGGGGAGAAGAGCAAAAGACAGUGAGCCAAGAUUUGCAAUUUCUUCUUAGACAAACAGCAGGCAGAGUGUUAGACAGAAUAAAUCCUGAAUUUUCCAACACAUUCGUACAAACACCACCUCCUUGUGGUAAAUCAGUCAGUGCCAUUGGAUGUACACACCCUAAGACAUAGUUGAUACAUGCUAGUCUGAAGAACCUCCAUUGGAAGUUUGUCCCAAGUUGCAAAAAAGUAUUUUAUGAAACCCCACUAUGAAGUCAACUUCAUAGUUCUUACCUGGCCUUUCAAUUCACAUCUCAAAGGAGCAGUUGGAGAGCAAGUAAAUUGCCUUACUGGGAUCUUGUCAGCUGGAGCUGGCACACAGAGAAGGACAGUCAACGUUAGCUUCUGAACUCUUAAAUUCUGCAAAACCUGCUUCCUGAACCUACAUUUGGAAUUCUUCCUUUUUAUUUCUGGUUUUCUUUUUCUAAAAAGAAAGUGGAGUCACUUUAAGCGGGUAGCCUGAAGCUUAGAAUACUGGUUAUGCCUUACAAUGACUUCAAAUGUUUAUUAUGGAAGGAAAAAACUGGUCUCGCCAUGGGAGACCAGCAGCUUCAGGUUGCCAUAAAGAAGAGCCCUGAGUAAUAAAUAAUGAAGACUGAGAUCUAUUUCCAAGACGUUAAAUCAGAUUGAAUGGGUACAAGGGUCUCCUAGACUAGGGGUGUCAAACUCGCGUCUUCACAGCAGCGUCACAUGACGUACUGGGAUUUUUUCCCCCUUUGCUAAACUGAGCUGGGGCAGAGCCAACACGUGAUGCAUCCAGCCCGCAGGCCGUGAGUUUGACACUCCUGUCCUAGACUAUUAAUGUUGUACUACAUUACUUAGUCUGUAAAGCAGUGUUUCUAAACCAUGGUGACAAUAAGAUGUAAGGACUUCAGGUCCCAGAAUUCCCCAGGCAGCAUGGUUAAGGAAUUCUGGGAGUUGAAAUCUACAUUGAAGUCUACAUAUCUUAAUGUUGCCAAUGUUGCGCAACACUGCCAUAAAAUAAAGGUUCUCCUCAGUUGAAAUCCACAACUGGUGACCACCUAGAAUUUUCUUUCAAACCAUUGAUUUGUUUUUGCCAUAGCUUUCUUCUGCAUAAGUUUCUUUCAACUACUCUAUCUAGCCUUCAGCCCUAGGAUUCCUCAUGGCCUUUCAUCCAGUUACUGACUAGAUUGGUUUUUGCUUAGCUUUUUGAGCUCUGACAAAUUCACUAGCCUCAGCUGUUGUGAUAUUUUAACAUGUAAAUAAACCAAGUGUUACUGAAACAAUAUAAAUAUCCUGUGACUAAUCCACUAAAAUGAAAAUUUGGGAACUUCUGGAACUUCUCCAUUCUCAGAAAUGGGGUAUGUCCACAUUAGUAUUCGUUUCUAUACUUUUAUUAUUCAUAUUUUCUGUGAUCUUGUUGUGUUUUAUCCUUGGCAAACUGAAAAAUUGCUGAAAUGUCAUGGCUAUAAUUUAAUAAAGACAUAAAUAACA